UUAGUUUUUAUCGAUAAACAAACGAGGCUGGAAAAUGUCAUCGUGAAUUUGUUUAAAUUUAUUGUGACAUUUUUUUGUCAAAAAUAAUUUUUUUUAUUUAGAAUUCUUGUGGAUUUUCUUUGAGAUUUUUUUAAAGGUUUGAGUUUAUUUUUAUAAAUUAAUAGUUAUGCUGUAGGAAGUAGAUGUCUGGUAGAAAUAAUAAGGAAGUACAAGAAUGGGCAAUGAAAACUCGACGCCCAAAAAGUCGGAAACACGAAAAUUCAGAGGAGACUUCAAAAGCACAGAUGGCGAUUCCUCAAAAACUCCGGAGCCAAAACGCCCUAGAAAGCAGAAGGCUAAAAGUUCUGGAGGACCUACCAACCCGUUCCUGAUUUUCUUCCUAAGGAUGAGGAGCAAGAAGCCCAAUGAGCAUGUCACGACCAUCGCAAAGGCCGCUGGCAAGCAGUGGGCAAAGAUGACACCCGACCAGAGACAGAAGUACGUCAAAAUGGCCAGUGUUGCUAAGAAGAAACGCGUUUAUAAAAAGAAGAAACGCGAUGAUGAUCCGGAAUAGAAUUUUUAAUCGUGAAUUUUUUUUCUUAAUUUUGA